UCCAGCCCACCUCUCAGGGCGGGACGUGGGGCGGCGGCGGGCUAUAAAAAGCUUCUGGGGAGAAAGAGACGGGAGCGCCGUGUCGCUGGAACCGCGGGGGCUGAGGGGUGGGACGGACAGCGGCAGCAUGGCUCAGUCCGUGUGGGGCUACGACAGAGAGAACGGACCUGAGCACUGGCAUGAGAACUACCCCAUGGCCAAAGGAGACAAGCAGUCGCCCAUCGAGAUCAACAGCAAAGAUGUGCGGCACGACUCUUCUCUUUCUUCUUGGCAUGCCAGUUACGAUCCCGGGGCGGCUAAAACCAUCCUGAACAACGGGCGGACCUGCAGGGUUGUCUUUGAUGACAGUUUUGAUAGAUCAGUGCUGAGAGGUGGGCCGCUCACAGGAGCCUACAGGCUGCGACAGCUGCACUUGCACUGGGGUUCUGCUGAUGACCACGGCUCUGAGCAUGUUAUAGACGGGGUGAAAUAUGCAGCAGAGUUACAUCUGGUACACUGGAAUCCAAAACACGGUAAUUUUGCUGGAGCUUUGAAACAACCUGAUGGUGUGGCUGUUGUGGGCGUUUUUCUGAAAGUUGGAAAAACUCCCAAACCAGAAAUGAAGAGAAUUCUUGAAGAAAUUGACAACAUAAAGACCAAGGGGAAAGAGGCUCCUUUUCAGCACUUUGAUCCAUCAAUUCUUUUCCCUAAAUCUCGGGAUUACUGGACCUACCAUGGUUCAUUUACGACGCCCCCCUGUGAAGAGUGCAUCACCUGGAUUCUCUUGAGGGAGCCCAUUGAAGUCAGCCCAGACCAGAUGGCGAGGCUCCGUAGUCUUUCCAAGAAUGGUGAGAACGAGCCUAUGUGUCCACUGGUUGAUAACUGGCGCCCACUUCAGCCUGUGAAGGGCAGGAUAGUGAGAGCCUCGUUCAAGUAAAGCUCUCUGGAACCCGAGUGAGAAAAUCCCUGCAUCUUAAAGCAUAGUUAGUUUUUGUCCUCUGCUGGAUAAAGAUCUGUGUUUCUCAGCUUAAAAUUCUGAGUGGUAAAACUGAA